GGCUGGGGACGCGGGCUGCGCGCGCCUGGGCACCUCCCGCGCUCGGAGACCUUUGCCUCUCCUGGGCGCCCUUCGAAUCCUGUCGAACGCACUUGGAGCGCUUCCCGGCUCCUGGGAGCUCCGGCAUCUUCCUCUCACCGCGCUCCAGCUGCUCAGUGCCCCUCGAAUCCUGCUGUCCCGCGCUCGGAGGCCUUCACCGCUCCUUGGUGCUUCCGCGUCUGCCUCUCCCCGCGCUCCGGGCCGACCGCCGAACGUGGGCGCCUCCGCUCUAUCCUGCCUCUGCCUUGGGCAGAGCCCUUCGCCGCACCUGGGGCCCCCGCACCUGCCCCCCACGCUCCGGGCCCUUCGCUGUACUUGGCUGCCUCCGGUGCUGUCUGCCCUGCUCACAAGGCGCCAGGGCCGUCGGCGAAGCUCAGCCCGGCCUGGGCUGCUCCGUUUUAGUUUCCUCCUCUCGGGGGAACUCCGCCUCCCGCCCACCUCUCCCUCAAGGAGGCAAAUUGGAAAAGGGCUGCGGAGGGGAGCCCACUGGAAAGUUGGACGCUGACCGGACGUUUUGGCGCCUGGCGGUAUCCAGGCCCCGGCGGUAUCCAGGCCCCGCCACAAGGGCACCUGGGCGAGUCCAGGACCUCUAGGUCAGAAUCCGCGGGAGAAUAUGCAGGUUCCCAGGGAGGCCUGGUACUGGCUGAGGCUCGAAGAGGAGACUGAAGAAGAGGAAGAGGAAGAAAACGAACAAAAUGAAGAUGAAUAUGAGAGUGACGAUUUAAGUGUACUGGACAAAUUACAAAUAUUGACGAGUUAUUUAAGAGAAGAACAUCUGUAUUGUAUUUGGUGUGGAACAGCCUAUGAAGAUAAAGACGACCUGUCUUCAAAUUGCCCAGGACCAACUUCUGCAGAUCAUGACUAAGAUUCUCAAUAAAGUAGAAACUUGGAAAAU